AUGGACUCUUCUAAGUCCAUAUACACUCCCAUUUCCAUUGAAACAAAGUUGGACCUUGAUGAAAAAGGAAAAAGUGUGGAACAUAAGCUAUAUAGAGGAAUGAUUGGGUCAUUGUUGUAUCUCACAGCAAGCAAGCUUGAUAUUGUAUUUAGUGUGGGAUUGUGUGCAAGAUUUCAGGCAAAUCCCAAAGAGUCUCAUCUGAAGGCUGUCAAAAGGAUACUCCGAUAUUUUAAAGGGACUUUUGAUAUGUGUCUGUGGUAUCCUAGAGGAUACAACUUUGAUCUAGUUGGUUAUGCUGAUGUUGGCUAUGCAGUCACCAUGUUUAAAUCAAGCCAAACUCCCUCUAAAGAAAAAUCCUCAUCCAAGUCUGAAGUCAAACCCAAGAACAUGAAACCCAAACCAAAGAAAAGUGCAAAAUCAACUACUGAACCUGCACCUGCACAUGUUCCCUCUCUACUUAUACCCUCUACUGUACUUGCACAAUCAUCCCAUAUUCCUGUAGCACCCGCUGUUUCCACCUCUACUGGACCUUCAUCCCCAAAACCACCUUCACAUGCACCUGUGUUUGCUACAUCAAGAAAAUCUGUUAAGGAUGACAAGGUGGUAAUUUGUGCUGCUAUUAAGGAGGACACAGUGGUGAAGAAAGUUGUGGCUCAGGGGGAAUCUGUGCCAACUACUACUGAUCAGGUAAAAUUACCUCCAUCAAAGUUAGAUGUUUUGGUUUCUGCUAUUGAAGUUGCACCCUUAGAAAUUGUUCCACCCAUAAGUGACAAACCUCGAGUGAAGGAAACUAAUUUAGAAACAGACAUUGCAACUUAG